UGCUUCUUCAAGCCUGUUCCUUUCGCUAGCGAGCGAUAGGGUUCAACGCACGGCAAACGGUGAUAAUAUCUGGGUUUGCCAUCCACUCUUUUGAUCAGAAACUGAUGAAUUGGAGUUGGACUCGUAUAUCCGAGAACUAAACGUUUUCAAUAGCCAUAAUCUGACCACGCAACUUCGGAAAAUACGGUGUUGUGAAGCCCAUCAGAGGGUGACCAUUUCAGUCACAGAAAACAAAACUUGCGAUCUCUGUUUGUUAAAAGAACUCUUCAAUCAACGGUAACCAUAUCCAGAGCCAUACUAUCGCGCAAUAAUCCCGCACGCCAAAAGGGUUUCAUUUAUUCUCAAUCGACUGAGAUGCGGGUGGAAGAUGGAAUCGAAUGAUGAAUACACUCGGUAUGAUUUCAAAGUCUUGGGAAGCAUUGGCUGGCUGGUAUUGCAAUCAAAGUGGCAUUGCAAACAUAAUUGGAGUGGAAGGGAGGUUUGGAUGAAAUGGUAAUAUUUCUGCAAUUCCAACCCCUGAGUGCUAAGGUAAGACCUGUUUUUUUCUAUUCUCAAUGUUGGUUUGGCGUGCACACGCGGAUCAUCGUAUGAAAGGUAAUGAAUAGGCCAUUUCGUUCGCCCUUCUCAAGAAAUAUUCCUCCUGGGUCUUCCGAACGUCUUGUGUUCUGACGUUUGACCACUCACUCUCCCUCACUUGUCUCAUGUUGGCUGCGGGAGGUUUAGAGAUAUAUCACGUGAUUCUACCACUAGCGCAGGGCUUAUGUAAGGAAGUGGAGCCGCAACCUUGGAACCCACAGGAAUUUUUCGCCUUCUGUUCUCGCUCGCACAACCACAAAAGAAGCUAAACCCCAGCAUCAGAAAAGAAUCCCCAAAUUCUUCCCUCUCCAUUUCCAGAGGACCCUUCAUCGCGUCGUUGACCGUCUCGAUAUAUUCCGCACGCGCGUUCUUCAUCGAGACCCACGACCUUUACCCCCGUCACGAUAAGCGAAGCAGAAACGCCCUUGUCAAAUUGACAGGUUUGAGAUUUACGUCCUAAACCACCCUUUGUCCGCUGUUUAGGGGAGGGUUGCCCAGCAUGCCACCUCCGCCCCAUAUCCGGCCUGAGAAUGUCCUCAGGCGAGCUGAAGAGCUCAUUGCCGUCGGCCAGCAGCAGGCUGCGCUGACGGUUCUCCAUGAACAAGUCGCCUCCAAACGUUCCCGCAACAGCCCCAUUUCAAGCCUUGAGCCAGUUAUGAUUCUUUUCGUCGAGUUGUGCGUGGAUCUACGAAAGGGAAAGUCUGCAAAGGAUGGCCUUUAUCAAUAUAAAAACAUUGCGCAAAAUAGCAAUGUUGGCACAAUUGAGAUGGUGUUGAAAAAAUUUAUUGAACUGGCAGAGCAAAAAGUUACAGAAGCUCAGGCUAAGGCUGAUGAAAUCCAAUCUUCUCUCGAAUCUGCUGCUCCAUCAACAAAUAUCGAAGAUCUUGAUGCUAUCGAGACGCCUGAGACUAUCCUUCUAGCAACCGUUUCUGGUGAGCAAUCUCGCGAUAGAACGGAUCGAGCCAUUGUUACCCCGUGGUUGAAAUUCCUCUGGGAGACAUAUCGUACUGUUCUUGAAAUCUUGAAGAACAAUGCACGGCUGGAAGUUAUGUAUCAAACCACUGCGCUCCAGGCAUUCCAGUUCUGCUUGAAGUACACUCGCAAAACUGAGUUCCGCCGUCUCUGUGAGCUGCUCCGUAACCAUGUUCAGAACGCUGCAAAGUACUCCAGCCAGAUGCACGCCAUCAACCUGAGCGAUCCAGAGACUCUACAGCGCCAUUUAGAUACCCGUUUCCAACAACUGAAUGUCGCUGUUGAAUUAGAAUUGUGGCAAGAGGGCUUCCGUAGCGUCGAAGAUAUCCAUACACUUCUCAACCUUAGCAAGCGACCAGCCAAGAAUAUCAUGAUGGCCAAUUAUUAUGAGAAGCUCACCCGGAUCUUCCUGGUCAGCGAAAACUACCUCUUCCACGCUGCAGCUUGGAGCCGUUACUAUAACCUCCUUCGCCAGUCUGCCGCCGCUGUCGCUGCAGGACAAAGUCCAAAGAAGGAAAACCCAGUUAUCUCUGAAGCUGAGAUGACCAAGACCGCAUCUUUCGUUCUUCUCUCGGCACUCUCGAUCCCGGUCAUUAGCACUUCGCGCUCUCGCGGAGCGCUUGUUGAUGUUGACGAAGUUCGGAAGAACAAGAACACCCGGUUGACUAAUCUUCUUGGCAUGCCUCAAGCUCCCACCCGUGCUGGUCUUUUCAAAGAUGCUUUGAAUAAGGGUUUACUUUCUCGUUGCCGCCCAGAAAUUCGGGACCUGUACAACAUCUUGGAAGUCGAUUUCCACCCAUUGUCGAUUUGCAAGAAGAUCUCCCCCAUCCUCACUCAAAUUGGCGCUGACCCCGAAAUGGAAAAAUACGUGCUUCCCCUUCAACAAGUUAUCCUCACAAGACUCUUCCAACAGCUCUCCCAGGUUUACGAAUCCGUUGAAGUUAAAUUCGUCCAUGAGCUCGCCCAGUUCCCUGAACCAUUCCAAGUUACUCGCUCAAUGAUCGAGAAAUUCAUCAUGAAUGGUUGCAAGAAGGGUGACUUGGCUAUUCGUGUGGAUCACAUUUCCGGCGUCCUAACUUUUGAUUCCGAUAUUUUCUCCUCCGCCAAGGCUAUGCAUCCUGGAAGUGCUGCCGGAUCCGCUGAAAGUGAAGUGGGAUCGGUGCAGCGACUCCAAAGCACGCCCGCUGAAAUCGCCAGGUCCCAACUUACGCGUUUGGCAAAGACCCUUCACCUCACCUGCAUGUAUGUCGACCCGUCAUAUAACCAAGCUCGCAUCCAGGCCAAGCAAAUUGCCUUUGCUAAGGCUAAGGCUGGUGCUGCGAAGGAGCACGAGGAGACUCUUGCUCGUAGAAUCAUUAUUGAGAAGAAGAAGGAAGCUGCACUGGAAUCCCUGCAGAGGAAACAGCAAGAGGAAGAGAGACUAAAGCGUAUUCGUGCGCAGGAAUUGCAAGAUGCUGAAAAACGCAGAUUGCAUGAUGAACACGUCGAGCGCGAGCGCAAACGGCUGCAGGACGAGAAGGACCGUAUUCGACAAGAAGAGCUCAAGAAACAACUCGAGGAACUUAAGACCGGAGUCAAGGGCAUCGAUGUUAGUGAAAUUAACUUGGAGGAAUUGGAUAGCAACAGCCUUCGAACUAUCAAGCUGGCUCAGCUUGAGAAGGAGAAAAAUGAACUCAACGACCGUGUCCGAAUCACAGCCAAGCGUAUUGACCAUCUGGAGCGAGCCUAUCGCCGGGAGGAACUCAAGCAUAUCCCUGCAGACUACGAAGCGCAGAGGAAGCGUGAUCUCGAGAUCUAUGAGAAGAACAAAGCAGAUACCCUGGCCGCUGCUAAGCUGAAGCAUAAGGAAGAUGUUGCCCUCAAACAUCGUCUAAGCCGUCUGGUGCCAUACUUCAAUGAUUUCAGAAAGAACAUUCAGGAGAAACGACAUGUGGAAUUUGAAAAGAACCGCAAAGCCGCAGAGAGAGAAUUCGAGAAUCAAAAGAAACAACGAAUCAAGGAAGUCCAAGAGCGUUUGCGACACGAGCGUAUGGAAAGGGAGGAACAGGAGAGACGCCAGCGAGAGGAGCAGGAGCGUAUUGAACGGGAGGAACAAGAAAAAGCUGCUCGGGAUGCUGAACGGCGCCGCCAACUUGCCGCAGAGAAGGCUGCCAGAGAGGAAGAGCGAAGAAUACUCGAUGAGAAAGCCGCAAUUCAGAAGAAGCGAGAAGAGGAAGCCGAGGCCAAACUCAAGGCUCGCAAAGCUGGUGCUGUCCCCGUUCGUAUGGAACGCACUGAAUCUACGGAACGCACUGAAUCUACGGAACGCACUGCUCCUAGACUUUAUCUCACAGGUCGUACCGGCCCUACCUGGCGAGAACGCCAGGCUGCAAAGGAAGCGGAGGCGGCUGCGGCCGGCUCUGUCACUCCCCCAACCGAGGCAACAGCACCCGCUGCCAAGGAAGAGCUCCCGCCUCCCCGGACAACUGGCGGAUACGUUCCUCCACAGCGACGAGCCGCCGCUACUGGUCGAGAUCUCUCGACGAACGGUGAACGCAUGCCCGAGCGAGCACCUGAUCGCGAGCGCAUUUCUGAGCGUAUGCCUCCGCGGUUUAGCCGCGAAGCCGUUGCUCCCCCCAAGUCACUCUCCAGAAGCCCAGCACCAACUAGCUCUUCGCCUGCACCUGAGAGUCGCGAGGGCUCCAACCCACCUUCCGGCGGAGCGACACAGGCAUGGAGGCCCAGGUUUAGACAGCAGCAACAGCAGCAGUAGUAGGGAAAUGUGAUGGUUUGAUGAUACGACAGGGCGAGAGGAUGAUGUGCAGGAGUUAUCCAUUUUACGUUUCAUCUAGUCGCUUUUUUAACUUACCUUUUCAGUGUUUCGCAUGUCACCUUUUCUCUCUUUAUUUGCGAGACAAAGGAAAUCGGGUGACUUAAUAUUUUUAGUAUCUUUUUCACAUAUCACUUUUUCGUCCUCUGUUUUGCCUUGAAAUUUUUCUUAAGUUCCUCUUUUCCUUCUCUUCGGUUUCACUUUUCCAUAUCUUGUUUGCCCAUUCGAUCGAGCCCAACCUCCCCCAACCGUCCCUUUUAAGAGACGAAAAAAUAGCGAUGAGAUGAGAUCGAUGAGAUGAUGAAGUUGCUAGCCCCCCGGCUUUCUAAGCCAUGUAAAGCAAGCUGAAUGAUAAAAAGAACAAAUUUUUUCCAUCCGUUAUUUUUUUAACCAAUUUAUUUAUGUCCUGAGUUAUUAUUUUUUACGUGUUUCCUUCUCUGUCGUUCUGUCGUUUUGCUUUUUUAUCUCCAAUCACUGGUGCUGGAUAUCUCCUGUGAUUUUGAUUUCUUUAAUUCUCGUUGUCUUUUUUCUUUCCCUGUCUCUCUAACUGCAGCGGUAGCCAUCUGUUUUAUGUCCUUCUCUCUCCAUUCGUUAAUUCAAAUCCAGUAUUAUAUUUGUAGGCUGUAAUUGACCAUUGAAAAUUUGGCUCUAUUUUAACGGUCCUACACAGUAAAUGGUUUGUUUCUCUAAUUUUUCUUAUACUUCCCAAUUCUUCACGUUCGUUCGUCUGUCUUGUAGGUGGUUGAGAAAAUAUAAAUACACGGGGCGUAGCGUAGUU